CCGCAAGCGCCCGUAGGAAGCGAAAAGCAAGAAACCAGAGAAAGCAGAGAAUGGGGCGCCUGAAUACACAACAGCUGGAGGAAUGGUAACCGACUAACGAGAAAGACUAAGAAGACUUGAAGACGGAGGAAAACUCGGACGAAAAAGAAAAUUAAAAACUUUUUCGAGGGGAAACAGACUCACUCGGCCAUGGAUACACUUUUCUCUGUAUUCCUGGGACUCCUGUUUCUCUGUUCGACAGUUGGCAACGUCUCCGGCCAAUUACCGACAGCUCACAUGGGGCGCUCUGAAAAGGGAAGCUGCACGUUUGAUGAAGGCUUCUCUCAGUGUGAUUACCAGCAAGACCCUUAUGAUGACUUUGACUGGACACACAUCAACACCCAAGAAGUGCCAUAUGUCUCACCGGACCUGCCAAAAGGGUCCUACAUGUAUGUUGAUGUCUCACAGUAUGAUGUUGGAGAAAAAGCCCGGUUUCAGCUGCCAGUGAUGAAGGAGAAUGACACUCACUGUAUUGACUUCAACUAUCUGCUCACAAGCCCUGAUGGCUCCAGCCCUGGUACCCUCAACGUCUUGGUGAAGGUGAACAAGGGUCCACUGGCAAACCCCAUAUGGAACGUGACUACCUAUACUGGUAAAGACUGGCUUAAAGCUGAACUUGCCGUCUCCACCUUCUGGCCUAAUGAAUAUCAGGUUAUAUUUGAAGCAGAGGUUUCGGACAGCAAAGCUGGCUUCAUCGCCAUAGAUGACAUUCAAGUGCUCAGCUACCCAUGCGAUAAAUCCCCUCAUUUCCUGCGUCUUGGAGAUGUGGAGGUGAAUGCUGGACAAAAUGCAACAUUUCAAUGUAUUGCCACUGGAAGGGACACCUCAAGCAACAAGCUCUGGUUACAGAAGCGAAACGGAGAAGAUAUCCCCGUGGCUCUUACCAAAAACAUCAACCACAGACGCUUUGCUGCCACUUUCCAUCUCAAAGAAGUCAGUAAUCAGGAUCAAGAUCUGUAUCGCUGUGUCACCCAGUCAGAUCGCGGUUCUGGGGUGUCUAACUUUGCAGGUCUUAUUGUCAGAGAGCCUCCACACCCCAUCGCCCCACCGCAGCUGCUAGGCGUCGGCCCAACAUACCUCCUAAUUCAGCUCAACGCUAACUCCAUUUUUGGAGAUGGUCCUAUUAUACUAAAAGAGGUUGAGUACCGAAUGACAUCAGGCAGCUGGACUGAGACUCACGCUGUAAAUUCUCCCAACUACAAGUUAUGGCACCUGGACCCAGACACAGAAUAUGAGAUCAGAGUGUUACUGACCCGACCAGGAGAGGGAGGGACAGGCAAAGCUGGACCACCACUCAUUACUCGAACUAAAUGUGCAGAGCCCAUGCGGACUCCUAAGAGGCUGAAGAUUGCUGAGACCAGGUCUCGUUUGAUUGCAGUGGACUGGGAAUCCCUCGGUUACAACAUCACCCGUUGUCACACCUUUAAUGUUACCAUCUGCUACCAUUACAUGACUGCCAACAACCGCAGCAAAGCCGACUGCUUGGAUAUGGAUCCUAAAGCCCCACGCCACUUGGUGGGAAACCUGCCCCCCUACACUAAUGUCAGUCUGAAGAUGAUCCUGACCAAUCCAGAGGGUCGGAAAGAGAGUGAUGAGACCAUCAUACAAACUGAUGAAGAUGUUCCAGGUCCUGUUCCCAGCCAGUCACUUAGAGCCACUCCAUCUGAAGAGACAAUAAGUCUUUAUUGGAAGGAACCAGCUGAGCCCAAUGGAGUCAUCGUACAAUAUGAGAUCAGCUACAGUGGCGUACGCUCGUUUGACCCUUCAGUGCCUCUGCAGCGACCUGGACUCACGGUGUCUCUGCCUUCAAACGCCACCCAUCAUAUGUUUUCUCAGCUCCACCCAGGUGUCACAUACCACCUUUCUAUACGAGCAUCUACCUCCAAGGGGUUUGGUCCUGCAGCCACGCUUAACGUGACUACCAAUAUUUCGGCACCAACAAUAGAUGAAUAUGAUGUGUCAGAGGCGUUUCUUAAUGAAACCGCAACAACUAUCACUGUCCUCCUUAAACCUGCUCAAGCUAAAGGAGCUCCUAUAAGUGCAUACCAAAUUGUGGUGGAGGAAGUGAACCCUCAGCGGACACGCCGCCAGGCUUCUUCUGACUGUUAUGAGGUUCCAGUUUCCUACCACAGUGCAUCAAGUGGUGGAUCCCCAUAUUAUUAUGCUGCCCAGCUGUCCCCUAGUAACCUUCCUGAACCUCUCCCCUUUACUGUGGGAGACAACAGGACAUAUCAAGGUUUCUGGAAUCCACCGCUGGCUCCAAGGAAAAACUACAACAUCUACCUUCAAGCUGUCAGCAGCACAGAGAGGGAAACUAAGACGCAGUGUCUGAGGCUGGCAGCUAAACGUGCAACAGAAGAGCCUGAAGUCAUCCCUGACCCUGCCAAACAGACUGAUCGUGUGGUGAAAAUCGCAGGAAUUAGUGCUGGUGUUCUUGUUUUCAUACUCCUGGUGCUGGUAGCCAUCCUGUUGGUGAAGAAGAGGAGGACCUACUAUUCAUACUCUUAUUACCUGAAACUGGCUAAAAAACGUAAAGACGCCAUUGGAACAACAAGGCAGGAAAUGACACACAUGGUGAAUGCAAUGGACCGCAGCUACGCUGACCAGAGCACCCUACACGGAGACGACCCUAUGGCUGUGACAUUUAUGGACUCUCACAACUACAAUAACAGAUUGCCCAACGAUCCUCUGGUUCCUACUGCUGUGUUAGUUCCAAUCACAGAUGAGAACCACAGUGGCUCUGCAGCAGAGAACAGCAGGCUUCUGGAUGUUCCUCGUUAUCACUGUGAAGGAACCGAGUCUCCUUAUCAGACAGGCCAGUUGCACCCUGCCAUCAGAGUGGCUGACCUCCUGCAGCACAUCAACCUAAUGAAAACAUCUGACAGCUAUGGCUUCAAGGAGGAAUAUGAAUUGGUGAUACAGAGCUUCUUUGAGGGACAGUCUGCCUCCUGGGAUGUGGCCAAGAAAGAGCAGAAUCGUACCAAAAACCGCUAUGGGAACAUCAUAGCAUAUGAUCAUUCAAGGGUUAUUCUGCAGCCCAUCGAGGACGACCCAUCCUCCGACUACAUCAACGCCAACUACAUCGAUGUAAGUGGAAACGCAUCGAAUGCUACUAUUGGCUCCCAACGAAACCAACGAAACCACACUCCCUCGCUCAUUUGGCUGUACAGGGAUGGAUAUCAGAGGCCAAGUCACUACAUUGCUACUCAGGGUCCUGUUCAUGAGACAGUGUAUGAUUUCUGGAGGAUGGUGUGGCAGGAACAGUCAGCUUGCAUCGUCAUGGUAACCAAUCUGGUGGAGGUUGGAAGGGUUAAAUGUUAUAAGUAUUGGCCAGAUGAUGCUGAGGUGUAUGGUGACUUCAAGGUGACGUUUGUGGAGGUUGAACCUCUAGCUGAAUAUGUGGUUCGCACAUUUACUCUGGAAAGGCGUGGUUUCAACGAAGUGCGGGAAGUUAAGCAGUUCCACUUCACAGGGUGGCCCGAUCACGGAGUCCCAUACCACGCUACUGGACUACUAUCCUUCAUACGCAGAGUUAAAAUCUCCAAUCCACCCUCUGCUGGACCAAUUGUCGUCCACUGCAGUGCUGGGGCGGGACGCACAGGAUGUUUCAUAGUCAUUGACAUCAUGUUGGACAUGGCAGAGAGAGAGGGCGUGGUUGACAUCUACAACUGUGUGAAGGCUCUUCGCUCAAGGAGGAUCAACAUGGUACAGACUGAGGAGCAGUAUAUAUUCAUCCAUGAUGCCAUACUAGAGGCAUGUCUGUGUGGAGAAACAGCCAUUCCAGUGUGUGAGUUCAAAGCAGCUUUUUAUGAACUGAUCCGCAUCGACUCCCAGACCAACUCGUCCCAUCUGAAGGAUGAGUUCCAGACAUUAAACUCAGUGACUCCCCAGCCUCAGCCAGAAGAUUGCAGCAUUGCUUUGUUGCCUAGAAACCAAGACAAGAACCGCUUUAUGGACGGCCUUCCUCCUGACAGAUGCCUGCCCUUCCUCAUUACAAUAGAUGGAGAAAGCAGCAAUUAUAUCAAUGCUGCUUUGAUGGAUCUGUCAGAAGAGUUCCAGAGCUACAGACAGCCCGCUGCAUUCAUUGUUACCCAGCAUCCUUUGCCCAGCACUGUCAAAGACUUCUGGCGUCUAGUUUACGACUAUGGAUGUACCAGUUUGGUGAUGCUGAAUGAGAUUGACCUGGCUCAGGGUUGUCCUCAGUAUUGGCCAGAGGAGGGCAUGCUGCGUUACGGCCCAGUCCAGGUGGAAUGUAUGUCCUGCUCGAUGGACUGCGAUGUUAUCAGUAGACUCUUCAGAGUUUGCAACCUCACCAGGCCUCAGGAAGGCUACCUGAUGGUUCGUCAGUUCCAGUAUCUUGGGUGGGCAGGGCAUAGAGAAAUCCCCGCCUCCAAACGCUCCUUCCUCAAGUUGAUACUUCAGGUUGACCAGUGGCAGCGCGAGGGAGAGGAGGGAGAAGGAAGAACAAUUGUGCACUGCCUAAAUGGAGGCGGACGAAGUGGAGUAUUCUGUGCCAGCAGCAUUGUGUGUGAGAUGGCCAAGAGACAGAGUGUGGUCGAUGUUUUCCACGCCGUGAAGACCUUAAGGAACAGCAAGCCCAACAUGGUGGAUACUCCAGAACAGUAUCGUUUCUGCUACGACCUGUCACUGGAGUUCAUUGAGUCAUCAUAAGCAAAGGAUAGAAGAGGAAAGGGAAAUUAAGAAGAGCCAGAGAACACAUGUUAACUUCUUGAUGUAUUUGAUCCUUUGCUUUUGCUUGGUCCUAAUGCCCCUUUGCGCUGGCUGUUCUGUAGCAUCCACUCUGUGUCUGAACAAAGGCACAAGAAAAAUCAGCUCCUUGUAUAAUGUUACGACAGUUAUCAGGAAGUGAUGGUGAAGAUGACUGCAGCAGAGGAGGCAAUGUUGCUCCUUUUACUCCUUUAUGCUUAUUGUACAGCUUUUUGAGUGCCAGUGGGCCCCUGUAUGUUUUGGGCCCCAACCUAAUGUUAAGCCUGUCACCACAGCCCCCUCCCAUGGACUCGAUGCUUCAUGCUCUCUCGGCUGCAGUACUCAGUGUGCACUCUAGAUGUCGCCCUUCUCCUUGUAAGCUGCAACCACAGCUUUUGAUAAACUGCACAUUAAGUUUUCAGUGGCCCCACAUUCCUUCUUUCAUGCUAUUUUUUGUCUAAACUAAGAGUGCUGGGUGUCUCAUUGUGGUGAUGUUUAAAUAUUUGCAGCCAGUACUUUUGUACCAGAAAAAAAAAAUCUAAAGUUACAACCCAGCCAAACUGUGGAUUAUUCUGUUUGUACUUCUUUCAGCUUCAUGUUCAUUUUCUGGUCAUAUUUUGGGCUUCAUUAUAUACUAUCAUGUGAGUACUUUAUAGUAAUUUUCAGCCCAUUUAAUGUUCACACCAAGCUGGUUACUGUUAGAUGAAGAAAAUUACCUUUGUGUCAAUAAUAGCUUAUUAUCAUUACAAGUUUACACAUUUAUUUUUGUUUGUUUUGUAGCGUCAUGUAUUGAUCUGCUGGAUAGAAGUUCUGAAGUAUUCUUUGUGCCCCAAAUUUUAAAAUGGAACAAUUAUCAUUAAAAUCCUGUAUGUUUCAGGGCUGGGCCCAAUUUUAUUAAUAAAGAAAACAGCAAAUUGCAGUUUCCAUUUCGGGCUUCAAUGGAAUUGGAAGUGAACUGCUCCCAGACUUCAUUUGUUCUGUGCACUGGUGGCCAACACUUUUUGUUUUGAUAUUAUUAUUUUGGAGCUAAUGUUUAAUCAUAAGCCAAAGACUUUGUGUAAAUAUGUCUAUAUAAGAUAAAGCACAUUGUUUGUAUUUAUUGUUUGUUUACUUGCAUUGCUUGUAAGAACAAUCAUUUUUCAUUCCAUGUUUACCACCAGCGUUUCUUAAACUGUGUUUUGGGACACAAAAUGGGCUGUUUCCUCUGGAGUCAUGAGUGUAUUAGUAUGAUUUAAUGAGCCCAUUAAGGUUCCCAAGGUUAAAGAUUAUGUCUGCUCAAUUUGGGUCCAUGAAGAAAAGUUUAAGAAGCCCUGACUGAAGCUGUAUAUUGAAGCUUUAGAAGUAGUUUUUCAGUAUUUAGGUGAAAUCCAGUAGUAUUGUAUUUGUUUCACUUAAUGAAUCUCUUUGAUGUUACUGUGUUUUUUUUUUUUUUUUGUUUUUUUUUGUUUUUUUUUGUGUGUGUAAAAGCCCACUGCUCUGUUCCUGGUCAGUGCAGAGUAUUUUGGAUAAUAGCCGCUCUCCCUCUUAACGUCUUAGCAGGGAUAAGCUGUUUAUCUUCAUCCUCAUAUCCUGUUCACCAUUAUCCCUGAAUACACACUGACAGAGUGAUGCAAACAGGAUUAUUGAGUAAAACAUGCAAGAACUGUGAUACAGAUACAUUUACUGUGCCUAAUCAUUAAAUUUCCUUGUUGGAACAAGCAUUUUAACAGCAUCUUUGAUCGCAACCAGGGCUUAGUUGAAUGCUUUCUCCUGGACGAUCAAUGCUUUGAAUACCUUGAACCAUCAUUAAUUGUGUUUAAUUUAUCUGAAUGCUUCUUUGUGAGGCUUUAAAAGCUUAUCAGAUACCAGAUGUUUCUGUCUGUGCUCAAACUGAUUCAGACAAAAAGGAAAAAAAAACAUUAUUGUAAAUAAAACUUAAGAUGUUCCAGUAACUUGGAGCAGCUCAUGAGGAUGAUAUUGUAAGUAGUUCUUUAAAGGGCUCUAUUGUUGAACAAACAGUAGAGAUUUAGAUAAUGGAUGAAAUGUCAGAACAUUAGUUCUGUUGUAGAUAAAGCUGUUCUCCUUGUGGAUUCGACUUAUUAACAGAUGGUGUUUAAAAGACAUAAUUUUCACUGAUUGUAGAUGUUUAUUCUGUUGGUGAAACAUCAACUUUGAGUAUUAUCUCUUCAGAUUUCUGCUCUGACCUGAAGAAGGGAAAGAAAAUUCAGAGGCCUAUAUUAAUCCAGUCAUACCUUAACUCCAAUGAUGAGGUGCAUUUUUAGUUGAAAAAAAGGGAUGACCUUCUUACAAGAGAGUUGCAAGAAAGUAAACACAGUAUGUAAACCUUCUUAACACAUUUAAGGGAAAACUAAGUAACAAACUUGCCCAUAUUUCCCUAAUGAAAAAAGUGAAGUUGUGGCCCUAAAGAGCAGCAAAUAAAGCUGCUUUCUAGAUGAGAGGCCAGUCUGAGUAUAGAGUUAUUAUUCAUGGUUCAUGAUUAUUCUUGUCUGUAAUGUUUGGCUUCUUUGCUGUAAUAAAGACCACUUCUUUAACUAGAA